AUGUCGACAUCUACGGUGAGCAAUCCCGAGUCAGCCACCUCGUCCAUCAACGGCAAUAGGACUCCUUGGGGUUGGCUGGUGUGGAAUGAUCCGAAAUGGAAAGUCGGCUUUGCCUUGGGGACGACCGAGAUCGGGAAUGUGGCCACCAUUGGGAGGGGCCUCUUUUGCACUGUGUCUGUCCAGCCUACGCUCGUUGAAAACGCGCUCUUCGAACGAAUCAGCCGCCAGCAUUGCACACUGGAAAAGUCGAUGGAAGACGGUAAAGUAACGAUUGUUAACAAUUCUCAAAACGGAACAUUUGUGAACGGCGAGCGAGUCAAUUAUCUUCGCACACGACCCAUCAACCACGGCAGUGUCGUCGCUCUUUGCUACGCCGGCAGUCCAGCAAGUUUUACUUUCUACGACAAUUACCACCGCUUUUCCGACGUAAACUUCGUACUCAAUAACAGAUAUGUCGUCAUGGAUGUUUUGGCGAAGGGGUCUUUUGGUCAAGUGUGUCGUGCAAUCAGGAAGCACGACCAUACCAUUGUAGCCGUCAAAACUGUUACUCCCGCCACUCUGGGGGGAACAUUUACGACGACGUCCGUGGGCCCAGGCGGCCUGGAAGCUCUUCGCAACGAAAUUCAAAUCUUGUCGACAACUGACCAUCCUUGUAUUAUCAAGAUGGUGGACUCUUCAUCUGACGUCACUACAAGCAAGAUGUUUCUCGCCUUGGAAUUGGCUAACGGCGGUGACUUGCAGCAGAGAUUGCAUGACGUCGGUUAUUUGUCGGAGCCCGUGUCUCGGUUCGUUUUCGUUCAGCUGGUCUCGGCCAUCAAGUACUGUCACGGCCGCUCACCGCCGAUUGUCCACCGCGACCUCAACCCCGCCAAUAUUUUGCUGGUGAAUGCCGACGAGUUUGCCAGAGUCAAGAUUGCCGCCAAAUCCUCGGCUACUGAGUCUCGAUUCAUGUUGAAAAUGAAUGCCAGCACUUACAAUUCUGACUAA